AUGCCCAGCUAUACAGGAAAAUGCGUUUGUGGCAACCUCAAGUACAGCGUCUCACUAAGCUCACCCGAUGACGCACGAACAUCACUAUGCCACUGUGGAAGUUGCAAAAGAGCAUUUGGAACUAACUUCGGUCUUACCACGAAGGUCGUACUUGAUGGUUUCACCUACAACCAAGGCAAACCCAAGACUUUCAAGCAGGAGAAUGGUGUAGUUCGAGAGUUUUGCGAUAAGUGCGGUGCUUUCAUCUGCGAAUAUGGUGAACAAGCUGCGGACAAGUUUCGAUACAUCAUGUGGGGAACUUUUGACGAGCCCGACAAGUUCCCUCCUAAGGGGGAGUUCUUCUGCAAAUAUAGAGAGAGCUGGAUGCCAGAAGUACCAAGCAAGUCGAUGAUUCCUAUGUAG